AUGUGCCAGAACUACUUCAAGGGCAAGACGAUUAUCUUCUGCCGGUAUCGCUCGACUUCGCACCGCUUAGUACUGCUAUUUAACCUGCUGGAUUUGCCAGCGGUGGAAAUUCAAGGGAAUCAAACGCAAGAUGAGCGCUUCGCUUCGUUUGAGAAGUUCUCAUCCGGUAAGGUUUGCUAUUUGAUCACCACCGAUGUGUCCUCUCGAGGGCUCGACAUUAGGGAUGUGGCGACGGUCAUCAACUUUGAUCUGCCGCCCACGCUUACCGCGUACAUCCAUCGCGUGGGCCGCACGGCGCGAAUUGGCGAAGCGGGCACGGCCGUUUCCCUCGUGGACGAGCGCCGGGAUGCCGAUAUCAUGCGCAAGAUCUUGGCGGUGAGCGGUGCCGUCAACCGGCACCAGGUCUCCUCGGUUAAACGACGCGACAUCCCAGAGGCCUUCCUGCGGAAGGCCGAGGACGACAUUGCGGGGGUCUUUUUGGUCGUGCGCACCCAGCUGGGGGCGGAGCAGCUCGAGCAGCGCAUCCUCGACGCCGAAAGGCGCCAUGCCGGGGGGGGCAACGUCCUGGACAGCAUCACUGCGAAGCCGAAGAAGCAGUGGUGCCUGAGCCGCGAGGAACGCAAGCGGCGUGAGGCGGAGGCCCGCCAACACCAUGAAGAGGAGGCGGAGGUCACCGUGGGGUUCCUCCAAAACGAGCUCUCGCAACUCGAUCGGGAGGAGUCGGGGCUGCUACGGGAGCAGAAGAAACGACGGCGCGUGGAGCGGGACAGGAAGGCUGGCGAGAAGAAUCGAACCAAGGAAAAGACACGGGCCCUACGCCAAAAGAGCGAGAAGAAAGUUCAGGCGGGUGUCGUCAAAAAGCUCAAGCGGCGCAAACUGCGCGAGGCGGCAAGAGAGAAGCGUUCGGCGAUGCGCGCGACUAAGAAAUCUGGUUCAUCGAAAAGUCGCGACGGCAAAAAGCAUAGUAAGAAAUCUCGCCACACCAAAGGCAUGAAGAAACAUUAG